GGACCCCUUUAAGUUCUUAUGAGUGAUGGUUGUGGAUGGAGGCGUGAGGAGCAGCAGGAGGAGGAGAAGGAGAAGGAGGGCCAGCCGCCGACGUCACUCAUCAGUCCGCUGGCUGACUGCUGAGCUUCUUCAGGCUUCAGGCUCAAUCUGCGUCCAGCAGCAGCAGAGGUGCCGAGCAGCACACAAACCUUUAUUUAUCCCCCUCUGCGGUUUCUUCACCGGGUCAGAGAGAACAAAAGACGAACGGAGUGCAUCACUGGAGGCGCCAGCUCUCCCUCAUCUCGACCGCAAGCCGGGCUAGCUUGAUGCUCAGUACAGCCUGCUAGCCUUUGUGGCAGGACGGUCCGUGCAUCCGAGGAGCCGCUGAGCCGCUCAGGACUGGGAGAAACCUCAGCGUUGUGCCCCUGACAGUGAACAAGAGAGAGAGAGAGAAAGAGAGAGAGAGGGGGGGGGGGGGGGGGGCAGAGAGAGAGAGAGAGAGAGAGAAAAAAAAUCAUUCUGCGAGCGGAUAAAAAGCGGCUCCAUUGCGCAGCAGGAUUUCCAGCAUCGUCGGCUGCCUGCAACCUCCAUCCAGCCUGACAGGACCAGGAGCCGGUUGAUGACUAAUAUUCUUCCAGGAUCAUAGACACAAUGUUGCGCAUCGCGGCCAGCGUGUUGGCGACGGCGCUGAUUGUUUUGGGAUUUUUGCACACUUUGGAGACAUUCACACCAGAAAGAGCUAUUGAUGCAAAGACCUGCAGCCCGAAGCAGUUUGUGUGUAAAGACGGGACAUGUAUCUCUAAGGGCUGGCGCUGUGAUCAGGAAAAGGACUGCCCUGAUGGCUCAGAUGAGGAGCCUGAUGCUUGUCCACCCAGUACUGCAUCACAAUGCCCUUUCAAUGAGUACCAGUGUGGAGGAACAGAGCUGUGCAUCCACGUGAGCAAACUGUGUAACGGGGUUCCAGACUGUACUGACGGCUGGGAUGAGGGACCGCACUGCAGAGAGUUUAUAUCCAAUUGCUCACUCAUGGGUUGUCAAGAAAAUUGUGCGGUGACUCCAAAUGGACCUGCUUGUUACUGUAAGAGCGGCUAUGAGAUCAGCCAGGAUGGAAAGACAUGUAAAGAUUUUGAUGAGUGCAGCAUGUAUGGAACCUGCAGUCAGUCCUGUACCAACACUGAAGGCUCCUACUCUUGCUCCUGUGUGGAGGGCUAUUUGCCCCAGCCAGACAACCGCUCCUGCAAGGCCAAGAAUGUGCCAGUGGAUCGUCUGCCUGUCCUGCUGAUUGCCAACUCCCAGAACAUCCAGGCCACAUCACUGAGUGGCACCACAGUACACAGUCUGCUGUCCACCAGUACCAAACAAACCACAGCCAUGGACUUCCUCUACUCACAAGAAACUGUCUGUUGGAUCCAUGUCGGAGACUCUCCAACAUCCACUCACCUCAAAUGUGCUAAGAUCCCCAAUCUGAAGAGCUUCACAGAGGAGAGAGUCAUCAACAUUUCCCUCAGCCUGCACCAUGUGGAGCAGAUGGCCAUCGACUGGCUCACCGGAAACUUCUACUUUGUGGAUGACGUGGACGACAGGAUCUUCGUUUGUGACAAGGAUGGGCAGACAUGUGUCACGCUCCUGGACCAGGAGCUGUACAACCCAAAAGGCAUCGCCCUGGACCCCACCAUGGGGAAGGUGUUCUUUACAGACUACGGUCAGAUUCCUAAGGUAGAGCGCUGUGACAUGGACGGGCAGAACCGCACCAAGCUUGUGGACACUAAGAUUGUAUUCCCUCAUGGCGUCACACUGGACCUUGUCAGCAGAUUGGUGUAUUGGGCUGAUGCAUAUUUGGACUACAUUGAGGUGGUGGACUAUGAAGGCAAGAACCGCCACACUAUCAUCCAUGGCCUGCUGAUCGAGCACCUCUACGGGCUGACUGUAUUUGAGAACUACCUUUAUGCCACCAACUCGGACAAUGCUAACAUGCAGCCUAAGACCAGUGUAAUCAGGGUCAACCGCUUCAACAGCACAGACUACCAAGUUGUGACGCGGGUGGACAAGGGAGGAGCGUUACAUGUCUACCAUCAGAGACGCCAGCCUCCAGUGCGUAGCCAUGCAUGUGAGGUGGACCAAUUUGGGAAGGCUGGCGGUUGCUCAGACAUCUGUCUGCUGGGAAAUGGCCACAAAACGCGUACCUGCCGCUGUCGCUCUGGAUUCAGCCUGGGCAGUGAUGGCAAGUCAUGCAAAAAACCUGAGCAUGAGCUCUUCCUUGUCUAUGGUAAAGGUCGGCCAGGGGUCAUCAGGGGCAUGGACAUGAAUCCCAAAGUACCAGAUGAGUACAUGAUCCCCAUAGAGAAUCUGAUGAACCCCAGAGCUCUGGACUUUCAUGCUGAAAGUGAGUUUAUCUACUUUGCCGAUGCCACCAGCUACAUCAUUGGGCGACAGAAAAUUGAUGGAACAGAGAGGGAUACCAUUCUGAAGGAAGGAAUUCAUACAGUGGAGGGCAUCGCGGUGGACUGGAUGGCUGACAACCUGUACUGGACUGACGACGGGCCGAAGAAAACAAUCAACGUGGCUCGGCUGGAAAAGGCUUCACAAACUCGCAAAACCCUCAUUGAGGGAAAAAUGACUCAUCCUCGUGCCAUUGUAGUGGAUCCUUUACAUGGGUAUAUGUACUGGACAGACUGGGAGGAGGAUCCUAAGGAGAGUAAGCGAGGAAAAAUUGAGCGUGCUUGGAUGGACGGUUCCAACAGAAACGUGUUCUUGACCAGCAAAACGGUGUUGUGGCCGAACGGCCUUAGUCUGGACAUCCCGCAGGGCAUCCUGUACUGGGUGGAUGCCUACUACGACCGCAUCGAGAUGGUCUACCUUAACAAUUCUGAACGCAAGACGGUGUAUGAAGGACAGGAACUGAACCAUGCCUUUGGUCUGUGCCACUAUAAGCACUUCUUGUUCUGGAACGAGUACCGCAGUGGCAAGAUUUACAAGUUGGACACCACCACAGUCAAUGCCACUCUCUUGCGAAAUGAGCGUCCACCCAUCUUCGAAAUCCGCAUGUAUGAUGCUCAGCAACAACAAGGCUCUAACGUGUGCCGUGUGAACAAUGGAGGCUGCAGCAGCCUCUGUCUGGCCAUACCAGGAGGCAGACAGUGUGCCUGUGCAGAAGACCAAAUACUAGACCCGUUGGACAACACCAGCUGCAAAGCAAAUCCUUCAUACGCACCUCCUCCUCAGUGUCAGCCUGUGGAGUUUGCAUGUAAGAAUAACCGCUGCAUCCAGGAGCGCUGGAAAUGUGAUGGAGACAACGACUGCCUGGACAACAGUGACGAAGCACCUGAACUCUGUCACCAGCACACUUGCCCCACUGACAGAUUUAAGUGCCAGAACAACCGCUGUAUCCCUCUGCGCUGGCUAUGUGACGGGGACAACGACUGUGGGAAUGAUGAGGAUGAAUCCAACACCACCUGUUCUGCUCGCACCUGCCCACCUAAUCAGUACUCGUGUGCCAGCGGGCGCUGCAUCCCUAAUUCAUGGACAUGUGACCUGGACGAUGAUUGUGGUGAUCGGUCAGAUGAACCCGCUUCCUGUGCGUAUCCCACCUGUUUCCCCCUCACCCAGUUUACCUGCAACAACGGGCGGUGCAUCAACAUUAACUGGCGCUGUGACAACGACAAUGACUGUGGGGAUAACAGCGAUGAGGCCGGCUGUAGUCACUCCUGCUCGAGCGCUCAGUUUAAAUGUAAUAGUGGCCGCUGCAUCCCAGAUUACUGGACCUGUGACGGGGAUAAUGACUGUGGGGACUACAGCGACGAGACCCACGCAAAUUGCACCAAUCAAGCCACUCGCCCUCCUGGAGGCUGUCAUACAGAUGAGUUUCAGUGUCGGAUGGAUGGCCUUUGCAUCCCCAUGCGGUGGCGCUGUGAUGGUGACACAGACUGCAUGGACUUGAGCGAUGAGAAAAACUGUGAGGGUGUUACACACAUGUGCGACCCAGCUGUCAAGUUUGGUUGCCGAGACUCUGCACGCUGCAUCAGCAAAGCAUGGGUAUGUGAUGGUGACAGUGACUGUGAGGACAAUUCAGAUGAAGACAACUGUGAGGCGCUGGUGUGUAAGCUCUCUCACCAUGUGUGUGCCAACGACUCCACCAUCUGCCUGCCAGCAGAGAAACUUUGUGAUGACGUUAAUGACUGUCUUGAUGGUUCUGAUGAGAAGCUCUGUGACUUGUGUUCAAAGAACAAUGGUGACUGCAGCCAUAACUGCACAGUGGCACCUGGAGAGGGUGUCAUGUGCUCCUGUCCACUGGGCAUGGAGUUAGGCCCCAACAACAAGACCUGUCAAAUUCAAAGCUUCUGUGCCAAACAUCUUAAGUGCAGUCAGCGCUGUGAACAGGACAAGUUCAGUGUCAAAUGUUCUUGCUACGAGGGCUGGGAACUGGAGCCUGACAUGGAGAACUGCAAGAGCACAGAUCCUUUCAAACCCUUUAUCAUUUUCUCAAACCGCCAUGAGAUUCGUCGCAUUGAUCUGAAUAAAGGAGAAUUCAGCGUGUUGGUACCAGGCCUCAGGAACACUAUUGCUCUGGACUUCCACCUCAGCCAGAGCGCCCUCUAUUGGACUGAUGUGGUAGAGGACAAGAUCUAUCGUGGAAAGCUGUCUGAGAAUGGGGCAUUAACCAGCUUUGAUGUGGUAAUUCAGUAUGGACUGGCAACCCCUGAGGGCUUGGCAGUGGACUGGAUAGCAGGAAAUAUUUACUGGGUAGAAAGCAACCUGGACCAGAUUGAGGUUGCCAAGUUAGAUGGCACCAUGAGAACCACACUGCUCGCUGGUGAGGUGGAGCACCCUCGAGCAAUUGCUCUGGACCCACGGGAUGGGAUCCUCUUCUGGACAGACUGGGAUGCCAGUUUACCAAGGAUUGAAGCUGCAUCCAUGAGUGGAGAAGGUAGGAAGACCAUCCACAAGGAAACUGGCAAUGGAGGCUGGCCAAAUGGUCUCACAGUGGAUUAUCUAGAGCGCCGCAUUCUCUGGAUCGAUGCCAGGUCUGAUGCCAUUUAUUCAGCCAAGUAUGAUGGCUCUGGGCUCAUUGAGGUUCUUCGGGGUCAUGAGUACCUAUCACAUCCCUUUGCUGUCACCAUGUAUGGUGGCGAGGUUUACUGGACAGACUGGAGGACCAAUACACUGGCAAAGGCAAACAAGUGGACAGGGAGCAAUGUAACUGUGGUCCAAAGAACCAACACGCAACCUUUUGAUCUGCAGGUUUAUCAUCCAUCUCGACAACCACAGGCUCCUAACCCAUGUGCAGCUAAGGGAGGCAAAGAGCCCUGUUCUCAUCUGUGUCUCAUCAACUACAAUCAGACGUUCUCGUGUGCUUGUCCCCACCUCAUGAAGCUGGGUGCUGACAAACGUACUUGCUAUGAGUCGCGUCAGUUCCUGCUGUAUGCUCGGCAAAUUGAGAUCCGAGGAGUGGACAUUGACAACCCCUACUACAACUAUAUCAUCUCCUUCACGGUGCCGGACAUCGACAAUGUGACAGUGGUGGACUACGACGCUCUGGAGCAUCGGAUUUACUGGUCAGAUGUCCGCACACAGACCAUUAAGAGAGCUUUCAUCAAUGGCACUGGAGUUGAGACCGUGGUCUCCGCUGAUCUGCCGAAUGCUCAUGGGCUGGCAGUGGAUUGGGUGUCGAGGAACCUGUUCUGGACCAGCUAUGAUGCCAAUAAGAAACAGAUUAAUGUUGCCAGACUGGACGGCUCCUUCAAAAAUGCUCUUAUCCAGGGCCUGGACAAACCGCACUGCCUGGUGCUGCAUCCAAUACUGGGGAAGCUAUACUGGACGGAUGGAGACAACAUCAGCAUGGCCAACACAGAUGGCAGCAAUCGAAGUAUUCUCUUUACCAACCAGAAAGGCCCUGUUGGACUGUCCAUUGAUUUUGACACCGAGAAACUUUACUGGAUCAGCUCAGGAAACAGCACCAUCAGUCUUUGCAAACUGGACGGGUCAGCACUGGAGGUGCUUGAAGGGGUCAAGGGUAAACUGACAAAGGCUACUGCUCUGGCCAUCAUGGGAGACAAGUUGUGGUGGGCAGACCAAGGAACCGAUCAGAUAGGAACCUGUGACAAGAAGGAUGGUGGCAACUGGAAAAUCUUGAGGAACAGCACGUCCCCCAUGAUGCAUAUGAAAAUCUACAAUGAAACUGUGCAGAAAGGCACCAAUCUAUGCAGUAAUAACAACGGAGACUGUUCCCAGCUGUGUCUCCCCACCUCCCCAAUCUCCAGAGCCUGCAUGUGCACUGCAGGAUACAGCCUGCGCCGAGGGCAACAGUCUUGUGAGGGAGUGGGUUCUUUCCUGCUGUACUCUGUGCAUGAAGGCAUACGUGGUAUCCCCUUGGACCCAUCAGACAAAUCUGAUGCCCUGGUACCAGUGUCAGGCACAUCUCUGGCUGUGGGCAUUGAUUUUCAUGCUGACAAUGACACUAUCUACUGGGUGGAUAUGGGACUAAGCACCAUCAGCAGGGCCAAGAGAGAUCAGACGUGGAGAGAGGACGUGGUCACCAAUGGCAUUGGCAGGGUCGAAGGCAUCGCUGUUGACUGGAUAGCAGGAAACAUCUACUGGACAGACCAAGGUUUUGAUGUGAUUGAGGUGGCCAGACUGAAUGGUUCUUUUCGCUAUGUGGUUAUCUCCCAGGGCCUGGAUAAGCCUCGUGCCAUCACUGUCCACCCAGAGAAAGGGUACCUGUUCUGGACAGAAUGGGGCCAGUAUCCUCGUAUUGAGCGAUCACGUUUGGAUGGCUCUCAGAGGGCUGUCCUGGUUAAUGUCAGUAUCAGCUGGCCCAAUGGUAUUUCAGUUGAUUACCAGGAUGGUUUGCUGUACUGGUGCGAUGCCAGGACGGACAAGAUUGAGCGCAUCAACCUGGAGACUGGAGAGAACAGGGAGGUGGUGCUCGCUAACAACAAUAUGGACAUGUUCUCUGUGUCAGUGUUUGAGAACUACAUCUACUGGAGUGACAGAACACAUGCCAAUGGCUCCAUAAAGAGAGGGAGUAAAGACAAUGCCACAGACUCUGUGUCUCUGAGGACAGGUAUUGGAGUGCAGCUCAAAGACAUCAAGGUCUUCAACAGGGCUCGACAGCAAGGAAUCAAUGUAUGCAAGAUCAACAAUGGUGGCUGCCAGCAGCUUUGUCUUUAUCGUGGUAACGGCCAGCGCACUUGUGCCUGUGCCCAUGGAAUGCUGGCUGAAGAUGGCCGUAGCUGUCGUGACUAUGACGGCUACUUGCUCUAUUCAGAGCGGACCAUAUUAAAGAGUGUCCACCUGUCAGAUGAAAACAACCUAAAUGCACCCAUUAAGCCAUUUGAGGACCCGGAGCACAUGAAGAAUGUUAUUGCACUUACUUUUGAUUAUCGAGGAGGCGGUGGAAAGGGAGCUAAUCGUAUCUUCUUUAGUGACAUCCACUUUGGCAACAUACAGCAAAUCAGUGAUGAUGGAAGUGACCGUAAGACAGUGGUAGAGAAUGUGGGCUCAGUCGAGGGGUUAGCGUACCACAGAGGCUGGGACAUGUUGUACUGGACAAGCUACACAACCUCGACCAUCACUCGCCACACAGUGGAUCAGAGCCGCUGGGGUGCUGUUGAUCGUCACACGGUGGUUACCAUGUCUGGAGAUGAUCAUCCCAGAGCUUUUGUGCUUGAUGAGUGUCAGGGGUUGAUGUUCUGGACCAACUGGAAUGAGCAGUUUCCCAGCAUCAUGCGUGCCACACUAGCUGGUGCCAAUGUCCUUGUGAUCAUCGGCACAGACAUCCGAACCCCUAACGGCUUGGCCAUAGACCACCGUGCUGAGAAACUUUAUUUUUCUGAUGCAACACUCGACAAAAUUGAGCGGUGCGAGUAUGACGGCACUCGGCGCUAUGUGGUGUUGAAGAAUGAACCUGUCCAUCCCUUUGGCCUGGCUGUGUAUGGAGAAUACAUAUUUUGGACUGACUGGGUGAGGAGGGCUGUGCUUCGUGCAGACAAAUACACAGGAGGAGACAUGAAGGUGCUACGGGCUGACAUCCCUCAGCAGCCAAUGGGAAUCGUUGCGGUGGCCAACGACACCAACAGCUGUGAGUUCUCUUUGUGUCGCGUCAACAACGGAGGAUGUCAGGACCUGUGUUUGCUGACCUCUGAGGGAAGGAUCAACUGCAGUUGCCGUGGUGACAGGAAGCUUUUGGAAGACAACACCUGUAUAGCUAUGAACACCACAUGUAACAACAUUGAUGAGUUCGAGUGUGGAAAUGGAGACUGUAUUAACUACACCCUGACCUGUGAUGGCAAGGCCCAUUGCAAGGAUAAGUCUGAUGAGAAGCAGUCCUACUGUGCCAAUCGUAUGUGCAAGAAGGGCUACAGGAAGUGUGUGAACAGUCGCUGUGUGCGGCACAACUUCUGGUGCAAUGGACUGGAUGACUGCGGAGACAACUCUGAUGAGGUCUUCUGUAACACCACGCUGUGCUCAGCUGAACAGUUCCAGUGUCGAGACGGAGGCUGCAUCUCUAACUCUAGCAAGUGUAACCAGAAAGUGGACUGUGAAGAUGCAAGUGACGAGAUGAACUGCACUGCCACAGACUGUAUGAGUUACUUCCACCUGGGAGUGAAGGAUGUGGCUUUUCAGAAGUGUGAGUUCACCACGCUCUGUUAUGCCCCUUCAUGGCUGUGUGAUGAGGUUAAUGACUGCGGAGACUUCUCUGACGAAACAAACUGCCCAGGUAGCGGAAAAAAGUGUCCAGUACCCUACUUUUCCUGUCCCAGUGGACGCUGUAUCCCAAUGAGCUGGACUUGUGAUAAGGAAAACGACUGUGAGAACGGUGCAGAUGAGGCUCACUGUGAUAAGUUCUGCUCAGCCUCACAGUUUGAGUGUGGGAACCAUCGCUGCAUUCCCAAACGCUGGCUGUGUGAUGGAGCUGAUGAUUGUGGUGACGGCAGUGAUGAAGACAUCAAGUGCAAAAACAAAACCUGCAGUCCUGAAUCAUACCAAUGUCCUCGUUCAAACACGUGUAUUCCUCAGCGUUGGAAAUGUGACGGAGAAAAAGACUGUCCUGAUGGGGCUGAUGAGGGUGUCAAAGCUGGAUGUAUAUCCAUCAACAGAUGCAGCAAAGAUGAGUUCAUGUGCCAGAAUCAACAGUGUAUACCCAAACAUUUUGUGUGUGACCAUGACAAAGACUGCAGCGAUGGCUCCGAUGAGUCCAUGGAGUGUGAGUAUCCAACAUGUGGACCCAAUGAGUUCCGCUGUGCCAAUGGACGCUGCCUCAUCCAGAGUUCGUGGGAGUGUGAUGGAGACUUUGACUGCCAUGACCGCUCAGACGAAGCCCCGAAGAAUCCUCACUGCACUGGUCCAGAGAAGAAAUGCAACAACACUGCAUAUGCAUGCAGCAAUGGAAACUGCAUCAAUGAGACGUUGCUUUGUGACCGUAACGACGACUGUGGCGAUGGCUCUGAUGAGCUGAACUGCUUCAUCAAUGAGUGUUUGAACAGCAGACUGAGCGGAUGCUCCCAGCUCUGUGAGGAUCUUAAAAUCGGCUUCAAGUGUAGAUGCAACCCUGGCUUCAGCUUGAAAGAUGACGGGAAGACCUGUGUCGAUAUUGAUGAAUGCACAACUACCUAUCCCUGCACGCAGCACUGCAUCAAUACACAUGGCAGCUUCCACUGUCUCUGUGUGGAUGGAUUCCAGCUCAGCCCUGUUAACCCCACCAUAUGCAAAUCCACCUCUGAAGAGGAACCAUUCCUCAUCUUUGCCAACCGCUACUACUUGAGAAAGCUCAACUUAGAUGGCUCCAACUACACGCUCCUCAAACAGGGCUUGAACAACGCAGUCGCUCUGGACUUUGACUACCGCCAGCAGAUGAUCUACUGGACAGAUGUCACCACUCAGGGCAGCAUGAUCCGGCGCAUGUACAUCAACAACACUGAUGUUCAGGUUCUUCAUCGAACAUCACUGAGCAACCCUGAUGGACUGGCUGUCGAUUGGGUGGGAGGAAACCUGUACUGGUGUGAUAAAGGACGGGACACUAUUGAGGUGUCAAAGCUGAACGGGGCGUACCGGACAGUCCUGGUCAACAGUGGUCUGAGGGAACCUCGAGCUGUGGCUGUAGAUGUGCAGAAUGGGUACUUAUACUGGUCAGACUGGGGUGACAAUCCGCACAUCGGACGUAUUGGGAUGGACGGUACCAACAGGAGUGUCAUUGUGGAGGAAAAGAUCACAUGGCCCAAUGGUCUGACACUGGACUUUGUUAAUGACCGCAUCUACUGGGCUGAUGCUCGGGAGGAUUAUAUUGCAUUUGCCAGCCUGGAUGGAAGCAACAGACACACAGUUCUGGCUCAGGAUAUCCCCCACAUCUUUGCUAUGACUCUGUUUGAAGAGUACAUCUACUGGACAGACUGGGAGACAAAGUCUAUCAACAGAGCUCAUAAAACAUUAGGAACCAACAAGACCUUGCUGAUCAGCACCUUACACAGGCCCAUGGAUAUUCACAUUUACCAUCCUUAUCGCCAACCUGAAGUGGCUAACCACUCAUGUCAGAUCAACAAUGGGGGUUGCAGUAACCUCUGUCUGCUCUCACCUGGAGGAGGCUACAAGUGCGCCUGUCCUACUAACUUUUACCUUGCAGCCGAUGGCAAACGCUGUUUGUCAAACUGCACAGCAAGUCAGUUCGUCUGCAAAAAUGACAAGUGUAUUCCAUUCUGGUGGAAGUGUGACACUGAGGACGACUGCGGGGAUCGAUCAGAUGAGCCUGCAGACUGCCCUGAGUUUAAAUGUAGGCCAGGCCAGUUCCAAUGUGGUACAGGUAUCUGCACCAACCCAGCGUACAUCUGUGAUGGAGACAAUGACUGCCAGGACAACUCUGAUGAGGCCAACUGUGACAUCCAUGUGUGCUUGCCUAGUCAGUUUAAAUGCACCCACCCCAGUCGCUGUAUCCCUGGCAUCUUCCGUUGCAAUGGACAAGACAACUGUGGAGAGGGAGAGGAUGAGAAAGACUGUCCUGAAGUGACAUGUGCUCCCAACCAGUUCCAAUGUGCCAUCACCAAACGCUGCAUCCCACGGGUGUGGGUGUGUGACAGGGACAACGACUGUGUGGAUGGAUCAGAUGAGCCUGCUAAUUGCACUCAGAUGACGUGUGGCGUGGAUGAGUUCCGCUGUAAGGACUCUGGACGCUGCAUCCCAGCUCGCUGGAAAUGUGAUGGUGAGGAUGACUGUGGAGACGCCUCAGACGAACCCAAGGAGGAGUGCGAUGAACGGACUUGCGAGCCGUACCAGUUCCGCUGUAAGAACAACCGUUGUGUGCCCGGUCGCUGGCAGUGUGACUACGACAAUGACUGCGGGGACAAUUCUGAUGAAGACAAAUGUGUGCCUCGUCAGUGUUCGGAGAGCGAGUUUGCCUGCACAAACGGUCGCUGCAUUGCUGGGCGCUGGAAGUGUGACGGAGACCAUGACUGUGCUGACGGCUCAGAUGAGAAUGGGUGUGAUGUGAAAUGUGACAGUGACCAGUUCCAGUGCAAAAAUGGCCAUUGCAUCCCCAUACGGUGGCGCUGUGACACUGAUGCUGACUGUAUGGAUGGCAGUGAUGAAGAGAUGUGUGACAGUGGCGUGGGUAGGCACUGCCCCCUGGAUGAAUUUCAGUGUAACAACACCCUUUGUAAACCUUUGGGCUGGAAGUGUGACGGUGAGGAUGAUUGUGGCGACAACUCUGAUGAAAAUCCUGAACAGUGUGCUAUUUUCCAGUGCCCGCCCAUGAGACAGUUCCGUUGUCAUAACGACCGGGUGUGUCUGCCCAUAUCAAAACGCUGUGAUGGCAUCAACAACUGUGGAGACAACAGCGACGAAAUUAACUGUCAGGAGACCCCGUCCAAACCUGUGUGUCAGAAGGAUGAGUUCCAGUGCUCUAACGGACGCUGUAUCAGCUCUGGCCUGCGCUGCAAUGACUUUAACGACUGUGAGGAUUAUGGCUCAGAUGAAAUUAGCUGCAAUAAGAAAGGCACAGUCCUGAAUGACUGUCAUAGUAACAGGACGGUGUGUGGCGACGGAGAUGAAGCUCACUGUGUGGUCAACGCCACCGACUCCUUCUGCUCCUGCAAACAUGGUUUUCAGUCCAAGGGACAUAACAGAUGUGAAGAUAAGAACGAGUGCAACCAGUUUGGAGUAUGUUCCCACAUCUGCAACAACACCAAGGGCUCCUACAAGUGCACGUGCCACAAGUACUUCACCAGAAUCAAUGAUACCUGCAAGGCUGACACUCUGAGACAGGUCCUCUACAUUGCCGAUGACAAUGAGAUCCGUAGUCUGGACCCUGGCAUGCCAAACUGGCGCUAUGAGCAGAUCUUCCAGGGUGAUGCUAACGUGCGUAUUGAUGCAAUGGACCUAUAUGUAAAGACCAACCACAUUUAUUGGACAAAUUGGCACACAGGACGCAUUUCUUCCUAUGAACUGCCUACCUCACCCUCCUCACAUAAUAGCAACCGAAACCGACGGCAGACUGAGCGCAGAGUUUCCAACCUGGAGAUUCCUGAUCUGAAAAUGCCCCGUGGUAUCGCUGUGGACUGGAUAGCAGGGAACUUGUACUGGACUGAUUCUGGUAGAGACGUAAUUGAGGUAGCUCAGCUAAGCGGAGGGCGGCACCACAAAACACUCAUCUCUGGCAUGAUAGAUGAACCUUAUGCCAUUGUAGUGGAUCCCCAGAGAGGGAGAAUGUACUGGGCAGACUGGGGGAACCACCCCAAGAUUGAAACAGCUGCCAUGGAUGGAACCAUGAGAGAAACCUUGGUAGAGGAAAACAUCCAAUGGCCAACUGGUCUGGCUGUGGACUACUUCAACGAGCGUCUGUACUGGGCUGAUGCUAAACUUUCCUUGAUUGGCAGCGUGAGGCUGAAUGGCAGUGAUGCUGUUGUGGCUGUAAACAGCAUCAAGAACAACCUUAAUCACCCUUUCAGCAUUGAUGUAUUUGAAGACUACAUCUAUGGUGUCACCUACAUCAAUAACUACGUUUUCCGUGUGAAUAAGUUCGGCAAAGGCUCUGUUGAGAACCUAACAACUGGAAUGAACCACGCCACAGAUAUUGUUUUGUACCAUCGCUACAAGCAACCUGAGGUGCCUAAUCCCUGUGACAGGAAGAAAUGUGAAUGGCUGUGUCUGCUCAGUCCCAGCGGGCCAGUCUGCACCUGUCCCAAUGGACACACACUGGACAAUGGCACGUGUGUGGAACUGCCCACUCCAACACUGUCUCCUAUCUCUCCUCCCAGUGGACCGUGCACAGUCCAGUGUUUGAAUGGAGGUAGCUGUUUCUUGAAUGCCCACAAACAGCCCAAAUGUCGCUGCCAGCCUAACUAUGGAGGGGAGCGGUGUGAGAUUAACCAGUGCAGAGAUUACUGCAAGAAUGGAGGCACGUGCACGCCAUCCCCAACAGGCUCUCCCACAUGUCGAUGCCUGACAGGUUUUACAGGACCAAACUGUAACCUGCGCACCUGCAAGGAUUACUGCAAAAACAGAGGGAACUGCACAGUCAGUGCUGGUAACCAGCCAACCUGCCGCUGCCCACCUGACUUCCUGGGUGACCAAUGCCAGUAUAGCAGCUGUGAAGGCCACUGCCUGAACAGAGGUACGUGUCUACAGAGUGCCGACGGCUCUAAACAGUGCCGCUGUCUGCCCCAGUACAUCGGCAGCAAAUGUGAGAUUGACAAGUGCCACUACUGCCGUGACGGCAAAUGUAUUCCCACCAACAGUUACCAGCCGACAGGGGACGUCACCUGCAUCUGCGUCAAUGGCAAAGUCCAGCCCAGCUGUUACACGUGUGACUCAAACGAGUACUGUGCUAAUGGCCAGUGCUCCAUCAGCAUCAUCACUCACCUUCCAGAGUGCAGAUGUUCACCUGGGUGGACAGGACAUCGCUGUGAGCUAGUGGCUAGCUCUCCAGACUCCUCAGGGUCUGGCGGACGCACGGCCUCGAUAGUGAUCCCUGUGCUGCUGGUGUUCCUGCUGCUCGUGUUGGCAGGAGGAGCAUUAUUCUGGUAUAAAAAAAGGAUGAGAGGGUCUAGCCGGCCCAGCAAAACUGGCUCCAAACACUCGCGGGCCAAGGGCUUCCAGCACCAAAGGAUGACCAAUGGGGCCAUGAAUGUAGAGAUUGGAAACCCUGCCUACAAGAUCUAUGAGGGUGAACCAGAUGAUGAUGGUGGAGAGCUGCUCGAUGCUGACUUCACGCUCGAUCCAGACAAGCCCACCAACUUCACAAACCCAGUUUAUGCCACUCUGUACAUGGGAGCUCACAACAGUCGCAACUCGCUGGCCAGCACAGAUGAAAAGAAGGAGCUGCUGUCACGUGGAGACGAAGAGCUGCUGGUGGACCCGCUGUUAUAGACUGUCUAGUGGCCUGGUUCAUACUUUUAAACACACCCUCUUCUUGCCUUUUAAAGAAAAGUCAACAAAAAAUUGAUGAAAAAGUGUGAACACUGUAUAAAAUGUACAAACAUUAAGGACUACUUUUGUAUGUGAUUGCAGUAUUAUAUUUUGUUCUUUUGAGAUUCCUCUGGUCAAAAAUGAAUAACAUUUUUUUAUGAGAUUUUUAAUUUACACUUUUACCUAAAUAGCCACUACCUCUGUGCAAAAUGAAACGGAAAACAAGAAAAUCAGAUGCUAUCAUCGGAGCAAUUUUAAUUUUUUAUUUUUGUAUGAAUUGUAUAAAGAAAACAUUGUUCCGUUUCACCAGUGCAAACUGUUUGUUGUUUGUGUCAACUUUGGGCGAGAAAGGCAAACAGAGUUUUCUAAAUCAGUACAUAUGUUGUGUUUCUGGAGUUUUAGUGAGACCGGGUGAGAGUGAUUUAUGAUAGCACAGUUUGUGUAUAGCACAAGGAAAAUGCCAAUACCAGAUGACAACUAGUGAUUCCACAUCAUUUUCAACCUUCAUGUGAAAUGAUUGUGUUGUCUUCCUUGCACAGAAUAUACUCAUAUUUUGUGGCUUAGUUUUAUACUGUAGGUCCAGUGGUGGGCACAGCUAACCUACAAGUUAGUGCUGAUAACCAUUAGUCAGCUGACUGAAAACUUCAAAUUUGUGAUAAUGCUAAACUAACAAACAACUAAAACAUUUUUAGUUGAAGCUACCAUAACCGCUAACUUUUACUCUAUGAUUUUAGCUUUGGCUUGGAUUUCGGGCUCUAAUACCCUGAAAAACAAACAGCUGAAAUUUGAAGUGUAAUCAUGGAAGUUUGAAAAAAGGUUUAGCAUGCCGAGAUCAGCUAAUAAUGAUUUACAUAAUUAUACAAAUUGAACAGUAGUUUAUACUAAACAGUUUAUUCACAGUACAGAAAGUAUUAAACAAACAUUAAAUACAGAAAAUACACAUAGAAAGUGAUUUUAAUAAUUUAAUUAAUGGAUUUAUGACCUAAUCAGGAAUGAGCUUACUUCUCCCACCCAGUGUAAUAAUGCAAUCACACUUGAGAUGGUCAACACAACAUUGUGAUACCUGGCUACAGGAAGAAUGUAAAUUACAUGUAAAUUUUGUAACAUUCAUAGUUAUUAAUGUCAAAGUAAGUGAUGUUAGAUGCCAUAGCCUAAACUCACCUGUUUGAGAAGAACAUGACUUGUGUGCUGCAAUCUGCCCUCUUGCUUUGGAUUGCACCACGUACCAGCGCGUCUCACAGUUGAUACGCUGGUCCUCCAGCUCCUCGAGGUGACGCUUGUUGCUUUUGCCAUGUGUCAAUUUCAUUGGAUCAGUGUAUAAACUCCAGCAGCGACAAAUGUUUGAUUUUAGUGUUUAUAAACAUUUUUUGACUGUUAAAUUUUAUUCAAAAAAGUGUUGCUGACUUAAGAGUUAGCAGAAAUAAAUUUAGUGGAGGCUUCUUGAAACAUUUGGCUUUGCUAAUUAGGUGUUAGCUGAAUUGUGCCCACCACUGUGUCAGCUAUAUACCGUAAGGUGUUUUGUUUUGAAUCACAUUCUGUGACACGUGGAGCCCAUGUGUUGCUGAAAUGAGAUUAUAGAGUUGGAGAAUGAGGAUGCUGCUAAUGUGCUGGAAACAUUCCAGGCAAAAGUAGAUGAUGUUGAGGUAACGAGGGUCUGAAAUUACGAGUCUUUUUCUGUAAACACCAGAUAAUAAUCGUCUGGCUCUGUGAGUACUUUUCUUACGUUUAGGAGCUCAGUCUGUACUCUCAUUGUUUUAGUCUUAAGUGCAUUAUUAGCAUCUCUUUGUUUCUGAAGAUGUUCUUAAUGUGUCCUCUGUGCCCUGCUGCUGCCAACGCCGCCAUUCUGGUCACUCUGACACGUCCGUACGCUCGGCCUCUGUCCCACGAUGCUGCUUCUUUCCAAAAACGUGUCAGCCAUAUCUUAAUGCAUGUCAACGGUUAACUCCAAUUUGUAAUGUAACGACAAUAACAACUCCUUAUUUUUGCUUGUCAGCGUUAUUUUAUGCUGUUGUAUGUUUUGUCUUUCACUGAAAAAGAAGUACAAUCAUUUUACCUGAAGAACUUUCUUUUUUGUGCAGAAUCAUACAUGCAUUUUCAGAAUUGUUUUUGAUUCAUCCUUU